AUGAAUUUGAAGACUUCUUUCUCAAGCGCGAGUUACUUAUGGGGAUAUACUAAAAGGGUUUUGACAGGCCAUCUCCAAUUCAAGAGGAAAGCAUCCCCAUUGCUCUUACAGGAAGCGAUAUUCUUGCAAGAGCUAAAAAUGGCACAGGGAAGACAGCUGCUUUCUGCAUUCCUGCUUUACAAAAAAUCGAUCAACAUAAAAAUGUCAUUCACGUAUGAUGUACAUAAAUUUCAUCAUAGAUUAUGUGGACUUCUUCAUUUUGCAUUUGUUAUACUUGCCCCAACUCGAGAGUUGGCUCUUCAGACGUCACAAGUUUGUAAAGAACUUGGAAAACAUCUAAACAUUCAAGUCAUGGUAACAACCACCGGUGGGACCAGCUUAAAAGAUGAUAUCAUGCGUUUAUAUCAACCAGUUCAUUUACUUGCUGGUACACCUGGAAGAAUAUUAGAUCUUGCAAAACAGGGGAUCUGUGCAUUGAAAGAUUGCGCAAUGCUCGUCAUGGACGAGGUGCAACUUAACUACAUCGAUUACUUUAGGCUGGAAUCAACAUAG